GAGAUUCUAAAACCCGUCACUAGCCGCAUAUUAAUUCCUUUGACAUUUUUUCCCCAUGACAUUUAUCCGUUCAUUCGAUGAAAUAGUUCUUAAAUUUAAUUAUAUAAUAUUCUUAAGAUAAAUUAACUUUCUUGUGCAAAGAAAAUGUCCGAAUCACUUGGUUCUGAAGAUGGCACAAGUAUAUUUGAUUUGAUGAAUUCUGGUGCAGGAUUAACUUAUGAUGAUUUCAUUAUUCUACCUGGAUACAUAGACUUUGGCACUACAGAUGUACAACUUCAAACUCCAAUUACAAAAAAGAUUACUUUGAAAACUCCUUUUAUCAGCUCCCCUAUGGAUACAGUUACAGAAUUUGAGAUGGCAAAAACCAUGGCACUCUUAGGUGGCAUUGGAAUUAUUCAUCAUAACUGUACAAUAGAAUUUCAAGCAAAUCAAGUUCGCAAAGUUAAAAAAUUUGAGCAGGGAUUUAUUACAGAUCCAAUUGUGUUAUGCCCCUCACAUACUAUUGCUGAUGCAAAAGCCAUUCAAAAAAAAUUUGGUUUUUCAGGUUUCCCUAUUACAGAUAAUGGAAAGGUUGGUGGGGAGUUACUUGGUAUGCUGACAAAUCGAGAUAUAGAUUUUGUUAAAAAAGAAGCUUUUUCUACACCUGUUUGUGAGGUAAUGACUAAAAGAAAAGAUUUAAUUGUUGCUAUGGAAGGAAUUACGUUGCAGCAAGCUAAUGAAAUUUUAGCCCAGAGCAAAAAAGGAAAACUUCCAAUUAUCAAUGAUCAACAAAAAUUGGUAUCUGUUAUAUCACGAACAGAUUUAAAAAAAAAUCGUGACUUUCCUCUUGCUUCAAAAGAUUCAAAAAAACAACUUUUAGUUGGUGCAGCUAUAAGUACUCAUGAUGAUGACAUACCUCGUCUAGCUGCACUUGUUGAGGCUGGUGUUGAUGUUGUAGUAUUGGAUUCUUCUCAAGGAAACUCUUGCUAUCAAAUAGAGAGAAUUAAACAAAUCAAGCGUGAGUAUCCGUUUUUAGAAGUUAUUGGCGGGAACGUGGUCACUGUUGCACAGGCUAAAAACCUUAUUGAUGCUGGUGUUGAUGGUUUGAGAAUAGGAAUGGGUAGUGGUUCUAUAUGUAUCACCCAAGAAGUAUGCGCUGUUGGUAGACCUCAAGCAACAGCUGUAUUUAAAGUAUCAGAGUAUGCUCGUCGUUUUAAUGUUCCGUGUAUCGCUGAUGGCGGUAUAGCUAAUGUGGGACACAUCAUUAAAGCGUUGAGUCUAGGCGCUUCUGCUGUUAUGAUGGGAUCAUUGUUAGCAGGAAGCUCUGAAGCACCUGGAGAGUACUUUUAUGCAGAGGGUGUCAGAUUAAAGAACUAUAGGGGUAUGGGGUCUCUUAGUGCAAUGGAAAGUAAAGGUAGUCAAACUAGAUACUUUGUAGAAGAAAAGAAAAAUGUUAAAGUUGCCCAAGGCGUAUCAGGUACAGUUCAAGAUAAGGGAAGUUUGUUUCAAUUUAUUCCAUAUUUAAUUGCUGGUGUUCAACAUGGUUGUCAAGACAUUGGCGCCAAAAGUCUUACUAGCUUGAGGUCAAUGAUGUACAGUGGAGAGAUGAAGUUUGAACGAAGAACUCCUUCAGCACAAAAAGAAGGCGGAGUUCAUGGUUUACACUCAUACACAAAACAGCUCUAUUGAGACAAUACUCUAUUUGCAAUGAGUUUUUUGGGGGUGUGGUUUUUUUUUUUUUUUUUUUUUUUAAUAAUAUUGAAGAAGUUAUUGUAAAAAAUUUUAUAUAUAUAUAUAUUGCUAAA